AAUUUGUACACAAUAAUGCAUAGAGGUAGGGGUCAUUCCGUUAUAAGUGGAAAAGUGAAUGCAACAUAGUCAAACAGUGACAGCUACAUACUCUUCAAGAGUACUCUCCUCAACAACUUCUCAGCCACACUCAUUCCUCAUUCAUUUUUAUUAAUCUUUCCUUACACAUAAAUAACAAUUCAACCACCACACCAAAUUCUUUUCUUUCUUGUUAGAAUUUGUGUAUUCCACGAAAUGCCUGUAGUAGAGUUUUAGUAUUAAAAGGAACAAAAUCAAUGCUAAACAGAAUUCUUGGCAGGCCUUAUUUUUGUUGUUCAAUCUUAUCAAUACCUCUUUCUGUUUUCUCUGCUUCUGUUUAAUGGAACCCUUUCUUACUUUCUCUGUCUUCAAUUCAUAAGUAAAAAAACUUUCACCCACUCCUUUCACUUUUCUAUAAAUUCUGUUCAGGGAAUUAAUAACCCUCUCUGAGGUUUUUUGGGAACCACAUAAUCACUUCUUGUUACUUUUUUCCCUUUAAAAGUUUUAUCCUCAUUCAUUCUUGUAAAGGCACAAGCACAACAAAACACUAGAAACGGUCACUUUCAGGGUGAAGCAAGGUCUUUUGUUUUGAUUUAAGAAACCAAAAAUGAGUGAAUAUUGGAAGAGAAGUGUUGAAAUACCAGCAUUUGGGAACUGGGAUUUCGUGAACGAAUUGCCAAUAACUGAAUAUUUCGAGAAUGCAAGACAAGCUGGUUUGAUUCGCUACAGUUCUUCAUCUGGUGAAACUGAUGUAUAUGUUCGUGGAGAGCAAGAUCUGUAUACAGUUGAUUACAAGAAACCAGUUGCAAAGGAGACGGGGAACAGAGAAACAAGAAUGAAGAAACAGGGCAAAGUGUACAAUGUAACAGAAUAUCAAAGGAAGCCAAUUAACAACAAGAAAACACGACAUGUAAACGACGUCGUUCGUAAGGCUGCUUUACCAACCAGACUUCCAAAACCAGUUGAUGAAGAUCUCUACAAGAUUUCUCCUCAACUUCUUCGCAAAACCAAGCGGAAAAAAAUGUUGGGUUUCAUUUCCAUGUGUCUGGUGCCUGCAGCCUGCGUUUCAUGAUCAAUUAAUUAUGUUGCCGACAUACGUCAAACAAGUUUUAUAUUUUUUGGUUUGUUAUGAUGCUGUACGUUGGCUAUGUUGUGCUGGGCUUUCUUGUGCACUCAGAUGCAAGAUGACUUUUUUUGUAUGAUAAGGAUGAAUGAAUUAAUAUAGUGGUAGUUAUUACUUA